UGGGCACUGGGCAAAACAUAUUUUAUUUACUUUGCGUUGCGAUGAGUUUGGCCGCAAUUAAACAAAAGGAAACGAAAGGCAAGAAGAAUGUAUUGCCCAAGCUGCGCACCAUAUUGGCCAAUCCGUAUAAACAGCACAGUCCCGUAUUGCCAGACAACGAGGUGCUUGAGCUACAAAACAUAUUAAAAACGGCCAUUACCGAAAGUGAACAUACACAACAAACAUUUGCCACACAAACCCACAUACAGCUUGGCCUGGAGAGCUCACUACGCGCCAUAAACGCACGGCGCUUCUCGUGCGUUUUUAUUUCACUAAGUUUAAGACCCUCCCACAUUGUGCGCCUGAUAGCAACCACAGCUGCGGUCAAAGUUCCAACGGCUCCCAUCUACGCGCAGCCCAAAUUGGAGGAACUGACACAUGGACUAUUUGGCGUGCAGGCGCUGGCACUGGUACUGCCGCUGGACUUGAAUAGCAUCAGCUCUGAGUUGGCUAACUGGGUAAAUGCACGGAUGAAACCUCUUGUUCCAAAAAGAGUAACACUUGUGUCAGCAACAUCUAAUAGAAAACGGAAGUCACAGCAACAAGUUCUAAAAAAGACAUCAAUUGAGCCACAAAAGGCAACGCCAGCAGCUGAAAAGGAAUGGAGCGGGGAUUACAUAUCCUGCUCAAAUGAGGGAGGCAACUUAAAGCUCGACCAAGUGGAUGUGAAGGCAGAAAUGCAACAAUUGAGCGCUGCGCUAAGCAAACUCGUCCAGGAAAAUCAAAACAAGGAUGAACUAACUGUAAAGAAAACAAGCCCACCAGAAGAAGCAGGGCUGCCAACUAUCGAACCGAUGGAUAUAGAAACAACCGAUAUAGUCGAGGACGAUGAAUUUCUGCCUACAAACCUGGCAAAUUAUCAGCCGCUUAUUGUACAUCAGAUCCGUUCGAAUCCUGACAAAAAACCCAAAAAGAAACGAAACAAAAACAAAAAGCAAAAAACCCAACCGCCACAAAAGAAAACCAACUAAUGGUUGGCAACGCGCCGCCAACA